GCGAGGCUGGCGGGGUGCUGACUCUGCGGGCGAGGAUCGGCCGGGAUUGGAAGGGGAGAGGACAGGGGGGACGCAUUGGGUGAGUUAAAGAGAGAGCGCAAAAGUCCCGAAGCCUCCUGCGGAAGUUACUCCUCCGUCGAGGCGCACAGAAAAGCCGCGAUUGCCGUUUGCACGACCGUCCCUCUAUAUUUAUGGGCUUCUCCUCGGGUCCACUUUCUUCUAUUUAACGCAGAAUGAUAGAAGUCUUGGACCCAAGGCCCCUAUCCAGUUCUAUCAUGCCUGUAGAUGUGGCCAUGAGAAUAUGCUUGGCUCGUUCGCCACCUGUGAAGAGCUUUCUCAACCCACUUGACGAAUAUCAGAGAAGGAACUUUGUGGAUCGAUUUAAGCCUCUCAGACCGUGCCUCAAUGUGAAACGUGAAACUGAAUCCCAAAACAGUGACUGGAAGCGCUCUGCCAGCCGAGCCAAGAAGAGAGUCGUCUUUGCGGACUCAAAAGGUCUCUCUCUCACCGCCAUUCACGUCUUCUCUGAGUUUCAGGAGAAUCCAGGGUGGGAUCUUCAGUUUGAGCUGCUAGACCUUGAAGGCAUAACUGCUGGCUUAAAACUACAUGAGGAAAAGAACUUGAUUCUGGGUUUCGCUCAGCCUUCGGCGGAUUACUUGGACUUCCGGAACCACUUACAGAAGAACUUUGUGUGUCUUGAGAACUGCACCCUCCAAGAAAGGGCUGUGUCGGGGACUGUGAAAGUGAAAAAUGUGAGUUUUGAGAAGAAGGUGCGGAUUCGGGUCACCUAUGAUUCGUGGAAAACCUAUUCCGACAUCAAUUGCGUCUACAUGAACAACGUGUAUGGAGACUCUGACAAUGAUACCUUCUCCUUUGCUAUUGACUUGCCUCCAGCCAUUGCCCCUGAGCAGAACAUUGAGUUUUGUGUGUAUUACCAAAGCGAUGAGCACACAUUCUGGGACAAUAACGAUGGGCAGAACUACAAGAUUGUCCAUGCAGAAUGGAAGUCGGAUGGAGUUCAAGUGCCAUCUCCCAGGAAAGGCUGCGUGACUCUCAAACCGGCAAGAAAAGGGCACGAGGCAGGCUGUGAACGACUGGGUAGCCCUCGGAUAGCCAAUGGCCUCUUCCCUGAAUGGCAAAGCUGGAGCAGGAUUGAAAGCUUUUCUCCAUAUUGGUGAAUGAUAACAAAACACAGAGGCAUCUGUUGCCACCUGACUUUAAACUUCUCAAUAAGCAUAAGCAAGCCACAUAGAAGGGUUGGCUGACUACUUUUUUAAAAAAGGGGAAAUGACUGUGAACAUUAUGCAUUUACAUUUAAAAACAAAAACUACCAGCCACAACUUUGACUUGAGGGGGGAGGAAGAGAGAAUAUGAAUUUCAGGGAGAACAUCUCCUAAUGUAAAAACCGAGUGAUCGAUAUACCAUUCACUUGCUAUUCACUUGCCUUAACUAGGGGGCAGCAGAGAAGUUUGUGAAGAAGUAAUAGAGUGUGUGGUGGCUUUUGGGGAAGCUGUGAUUGUGUGGGGGGGAUGUUGCAGAGGUAGCCACACAAAAAAACCUCGUGCCUACUUUUUAAGUUGUAGCUGAGAUUGUGUAAGAGAGGCGGAACUGCCAAACCUGAGACCUGAGUCAAGACAAAGCAGGUCUUGGCUAGAAUACAAUUCAAUAUUUAGGAUUGUGGUGAAAAGGGGCCUCUUAAGUGGGAAUGAAGUGGAGAGAGAGAGAGAGAGAGAAGAAAGGGGGUAUGGUGUACUUACUAUAGGGGCAAAAGUAAAGCAUACAGCAAGAAGAAAUGGGCCUUGUAAGAGCUGUACAGACAGGCAGCACUUCUAACAGACAGCACUUUUCCCAUCAGUGAAUUGCUGUACAGCAGUGGGGAAAGCUGCAUCUGUUGAAUUUCUGACCAUUAGGCUUAGAUAUGUGUGGAGGGGGUGAGAGGAAGUGUGAAAAGCAUAAGGGGCUAGGGAACUGUUAUGUAAAUAGGCCCCUGCAAAGCUGUAGACUUGAUUUAGGGGAAUCCUGUCUUUCAACCUGCUAAUUUUGCAACCACACUUCACAGGUAGAUCUUCAUCCUAUGUACACAAAGGCUAUGCCUUAAAAAAAACCCAAAAAUAAUCACACAGGGUUUCCCGUGAUUGCACGGUUUUGUUUUUAAGAGAGACUGAAUGAAAUGCCUUAAUCCUGUAGACACUGGCUGCUCAACUUGCCUUGUUCAGUGUAGAAACAAACUCUCCUAUUAUCUUGCUUGUUGUAGAGUUUAGUAAUAUUUUUCUUCUCCAAGAAAUAGCUCUUCACAACAGUAAAAUAAAGCUAAGCAAUUUAAAAGUCCUUCAUAUUGAAGGGGUAAUAAUGUAGCUGCACUUCUCAAGCUAAUUGGUUUAAAAUAACAGUAUGCAUCUUGCACAUAAAUAGAAAUAGUUUUCUAUACACUUUCUCAUACCUCAUUUUUUGUAGCUGUUACACAGAAAGCUGUUGUUGCUGUUGUUGUGACUUUCUGAUUAUAGUCUUUAAUCUUCCCCAGAUAUAUAGCAUUUUGUAAAUAAUAGUGUAAUUUUGGCACGGACUGUAUACGAAAAAGCCAAUCUGAAUAGGAGUGUGUGCACACAUCUCUGUGUUCAUUUAACCUGUUUUGUAGUGGUGGUGUCUAUGGAAAAUGCAAAUCACAUCAUUAUACUCUUUGUUCCACCAGUACUGACAUGGAAUCUGUAUUGCAAAAAAGGGAAAAGCCUCUUCGCCCCCUCCCCCACUGUACCACACUACUGUGUAAACAAUUCACUUUAAAAAUAAAUUGUGUUUUGAUAA